UGAGGCUGGUUCAGAAGGAGGAGCAGGGGUGCAUGCUAGGACGCCGGGGCAGGGUCUCGGAGUCUCGACCUGGCUGAGGGGUAUCGGAGCCGGGAUUGGGGGGAGCGCGCCCCACGUGCCUGUGACGCGGGGGCGGCCGGUAGGCGGCGGCGCCGGCGACGCGGGGCCGGCGGCCGUGCGGUGCCGGGAGGGGGGCUCGGCGGGCGGCAGGAUGCUGCGCGCCGCACUGCCGCUGCUCGGGGUGCCCCUGGCCGGGGCAGGCGCGACCGAUCAGCCCCCUCCGGAGCCGGGGUCUCCCGGUGAGCCUCCCCCAGGCUUGGCGCUCUUCCGCUGGCAGUGGCACGAGGUGGAGGCACCCUACCUGGUGGCGCUGUGGAUCCUGGUGGCCAGCCUGGCCAAAAUCGUGUUCCACUUGUCCCGGAAGGUGACGUCUCUGGUCCCUGAGAGCUGCCUGCUGAUUUUGCUGGGCCUGGUGCUGGGAGGCAUCGUCUUGGCUGUGGCCAAGAAAGCUGAGUACCAGUUGGAACCAGGCACCUUCUUCCUCUUCCUGCUGCCUCCCAUUGUGUUGGACUCAGGCUAUUUCAUGCCUAGUCGACUGUUCUUUGACAACUUGGGUGCCAUCCUGACCUAUGCCGUGGUGGGCACACUCUGGAAUGCCUUCACAACAGGCGUUGCCCUCUGGGGCCUGCAGCAGGCCGGAUUUGUGGGCCCUAGGGUGCAGGCGGGCUUUCUGGACUUCCUGCUCUUCGGGAGUCUCAUCUCUGCCGUGGACCCUGUGGCUGUGCUGGCUGUCUUUGAGGAGGUGCACGUCAACGAGACACUCUUCAUCAUCGUCUUUGGCGAGUCCCUGCUCAACGAUGCGGUCACCGUGGUGCUGUACAAGGUCUGCAACUCCUUUGUGGAAAUGGGCUCUGCCAACGUGCAGGCCACGGACUACCUAAAAGGAGUCGCCUCCUUGUUUGUGGUCAGUCUGGGCGGGGCAGCCGUGGGCUUAGUCUUUGCCUUCCUCCUGGCCCUGACCACACGCUUCACCAAGCGGGUCCGCAUCAUCGAGCCGCUGCUGGUCUUCCUCCUCGCCUACGCAGCCUACCUCACGGCUGAGAUGGCCUCGCUCUCUGCCAUUCUUGCGGUGACUAUGUGUGGUCUGGGCUGUAAGAAGUACGUGGAGGCCAACAUCUCCCAUAAGUCCCGCACAGCUGUCAAAUACACCAUGAAGACGCUGGCCAGCUGCGCUGAGACCGUCAUCUUCAUGCUCCUUGGCAUCUCAGCUGUGGACUCUUCCAAGUGGGCCUGGGACUCUGGGCUGGUGCUGGGCACCCUCUUCUUCAUCCUGUUCUUCCGAGCCCUCGGCGUAGUCCUGCAGACGUGGGCGCUGAACCAGUUCCGGCUGGUCCCUCUGGACAAGAUUGACCAGGUGGUGAUGUCUUAUGGGGGCCUGCGGGGGGCUGUGGCCUUCGCACUCGUCAUCCUCCUGGACAGGACCAAGGUUCCUGCCAAGGACUACUUUGUGGCCACCACCAUCGUGGUGGUCUUCUUCACGGUCAUCGUGCAGGGCUUGACCAUCAAACCUCUGGUCAAGUGGCUGAAGGUGAAGAGGAGUGAGCACCAUAAACCCACCCUGAACCAGGAGCUGCACGAGCACACCUUUGACCACAUUCUGGCUGCAGUGGAGGACGUUGUGGGGCACCAUGGCUACCACUACUGGAGGGACAGGUGGGAGCAGUUUGACAAGAAGUACCUGAGUCAGCUGCUGAUGCGGCGGUCAGCCUACCGCAUCCGGGACCAGAUCUGGGAUGUGUACUACAGGCUCAACAUUCGGGAUGCCAUUAGCUUUGUGGACCAGGGAGGCCAUGUCUUGUCCUCCACGGGCCUCACUCUGCCCUCAAUGCCCAGCCGCAAUUCUGUGGCCGAGACCUCUGUCACCAACCUGCUGAGGGAGAGUGGCAGUGGAGCGUGUCUGGAUCUGCAAGUGAUCGACACAGUCCGCAGUGGCCGGGACCGCGAGGAUGCUGUCAUGCACCACCUGCUCUGUGGAGGCCUCUACAAACCACGCCGCAGGUACAAAGCCAGCUGCAGCCGCCACUUCAUCUCAGAGGAUGCGCAGGAGCGGCAGGACAAGGAGGUCUUCCAGCAGAACAUGAAGCGGCGGCUGGAGUCCUUCAAGUCCACCAAGCACAAUGUCUGCUUCACCAAGAACAAGCCGCGCGUGCGCAAGGCCGGCCGCAAGAAGAAGGAUGGUGUGAUGGGCACUGAGGCUACAAAUGGGAAAACACCCCGAGACUUGGGCCUGCAGGACACAGGUGCUGUCAUCCUCACCGUGGAGUCUGAGGAAGAGGAAGACAGCGACAGUUCGGAGACAGAGAAGGAGGAUGACGAAGGGAUCAUCUUUGUGGCACGGGCCACCAGCGAGGUUCUGCAGGAGGGCAAGACCUCAGGAAGCCUUGAGGUGUGCCCAAGCCCGCGGGUCAUCCCACCCUCUCCGACCUGCGCCGAGAAGGAGCUGCCGUGGAAGAGUGGGCAGGGGGACUUGGCAGUCUACGUGUCCUCAGAGACUACCAAGAUUGUACCUGUGGACAUGCAGAUGGGCUGGAACCAGAGUAUCUCGUCCCUGGAGAGCCUGGCGUCCCCACCCUGUACCCAGGCCCCGACUCUGGCCCGCCUGCCUCCCCGGCCCCUGGCGGCUGAAGAGCCGCAGGCCUUGCCCGACCCGCCUUCCCAGCCGCCUUCCCAGCCACCGCCGAGUUUCGCCUUUCCCCCGAGCCUGGCCAAGGCGGGCCGCUCCCGCAGUGAGAGCAGCGCUGACCUCCCCCAGCAGCCCGAGCUGCAGCCCCUCAUGGGACACGAGGACCACAGCCACCUCAGCCCGGGCACUGCCAACUCCCACUGGUGCAUCCGCUUUAACAGAGGCGGCCGGCUGUAGCCCGGGGCCGGGGGAGUGUUCCCUGGGCAGUGGGCAGCUUGCCCAGACCGAUGGCACU